AUGGCCUGCAAGGCCCUUCACCACCUCUUCAAGCCCCUCUCGCCACCCUUUACUCGCUCACGCUCUCUCCAGUCACCCCCUCCUGGCAGGGUCUUUGCACCUGCUGCUCCUUCUGGAACCCCUUUCCUGCGGAUCUUCCGGGGCCGUCUCCUUCUCAUCCAGAUCUCAGCUCAAAAGUCGUCUCCUUCGAGUCGCCCUCCGGGGCUGCCCGCCUCCUUGUCCCGACGUUCUGGCCCACGACUCGAUUUCCCUUCUCGGCAUCCGGCGUUCUGGAGCGAUGUGGUCCCAUUCCUCGAGGCCUGGCUCACGGUCUCCGACGGCUGUGGGAGCCCACCCGGCGGGGAGGCGUCCUGUUUGGCCGGCCGCCUCCUGACGCUCCGGGGGCUCUCCCACAGAACCGCAGCCCCGGGGCCUCCACGGCGUCCGCAUUUACGUUCCGGGUCAGGGGGCGGAGCCGCGGCGGCGGCGCUCCACUUCCGGGACGGGGCUGCCGGCGGGGCAAGGCGUGCUGUCUCCCGGACUGUCUGGAGCUCCGCGGCGGCAGUGGCGGCAGUGGCGGCGCGCGGAGCAGGCACCGGCCCGGGGAGCGGCACCAUGAGCGAGCCGGUGUUCUGGUUCUACGUGAAGGAGGUCCUCAACAAGCACGAAUUGCAGCGCUUCUGCUCCCUGCGCCACAUCACCUCCGACGUGGGCCGUGGCUGGGCCUGGCUGCGCUGCGCCCUCAACAAACAAUCGCUGGAGCGCUACCUGCACAUGCUCCUGCCCGACCGCGGCAGGCUCAGCACUUUUUAGGAAGACUGGUCUUUUGUGAUGGAUGAAGAAAGAUCUAGCAUGCUUCCUACCAUGGCAGCUGGUUUGAACUCUAUACUCUUUGCGAUUAACAUUGACAACAAGGACUUAAAUGGUCAGAGUAAGUUUGCUCCUACUGUCUCAGACCUCCUGAAAGAGUCAACGCAGAAUGUGACCUCCUUGCUGAAGGAAUCCACGCAAGGAAUGAGCAGCCUUUUUAGGGAGAUCACGGCCUCCUCUGCAGUCUCUAGCCUCAUCAGACCUGAGCAGGAGACCGACCCUCUGCCUGUUGUGUCCAAGCAUGUGACUGCCGAUGCCAGAUGUAAAAAGGAGCGGACGAAAAAAAAGAAGGUGACCAACAUCUCAUCUGAUGACGAGGAAGAUGAGCAGAACUCUGGGGAGUUUUCAAAGAUUCCUGGGGCAGGGGAGAGCUCGGAGGAGAACUCUGACCGCUCCUCGGUCAAUGUCAUGUCAGUCUUUGAAAGCCCCUUUGGGCCAAAUUCCAACGGAAGUCAGAGCAGCAACUCAUGGAAAAUUGAUUCUGUGUCUCUGAACGGGGAGUUUGGGUACCAGAAGCUCGAUGUGAAAAGCGUCGAUGACAAGGACGUGGACGAAAACGAGGACGAUGUGUACAGGCACAUGUCGGGCAGGAAGUGUGCGGGCCACUCGGAGUCCCCUGAGGAGCCACUGGAUGGGCCCACCUGCCUCUCCGAGAUACACACCUGGGCUCUGCUGCAGGUGCCCCAUGGCGACAUUGAUGUCCUCUUUCCGGUCAGCGCAGUGGGCUCCUAGGCCCUGCAGAUGCCCCCCUUGGAAGCCUGGAGAACGGGACAGAGCCGGAGGACCACAUUCUCCCAGAGACAGACUCUCGGUGUAUGUUAGUAUUCAGAAACCAAGUUGCCAGAAACCAAGAAUUGAAUUGUCCUAUUCACAGUUCUGCGUUUUAUUCUCUCUUAAGGCUAGGGGGGCACCUGCUGAGAUUAAAAGUCAAGGCUUUCCUUCACGUUCGUGUUUGGGGUAGUCUUACAUCACAUAAUGUACAAAGUUGCCAAGGAUCUCAGAGCUUGAGAAGCAGUGUUGGUCACACUUGACUUGCCUACCACUUUACUUUUUACACUUUUGGGCCAUCUCUGGGUAUCUCCUCUAUAAUUAUUUGCUUGAUUUUAAUAUGUGAUAAUAUUGAACAAUUUUAAUAUUGUGCACUAUGUAAGCCAUUUAGAUACCAUAUAUUUGUGAAGUGCUUAGUCUGGCAUACAGCAGCAAACACUCUGUGGGUUGUUUCUUUUUUCAAAUAAAAGUAUCUCAAAGGGAAA